GGUCUCUCACUCCGGAAGCGACAGACGCCUGCGGGAGCGGUGGCGCCAUGCUGGUUGGUGCAGAGGCGGAGGCUUUGUUGCAACGAGCCACUCAGAAGCGGCUGGAGAAGUUCGCAGACCUCAGAGGUAAAAUAGUACUACCUGGAGAAUUCUGGGAUGUGGUUGUAAUAACAGCAGUUGACAAAAAACAGGAAGUUGCAUACCAGCAACAGUUAUCAGAAAAGCUGAAGAGAAAGGAGCUACCUCUUGGUGUUCAUUACUGUGUUUUAGUAGAUCCUCCUGGACAAAAAAUUGGAAAUGGUGGAUCAACCCUUCAUGUUCUUCAGUGUUUGGAAGAGCAUUAUGGUGAUAAAUGGGAUUCUCUUACUGUCAUAUUAAUCCAUUCUGGUGGUUAUAGUCAACGUUUACCUAAUGCAAGUGUCCUGGGAAAAAUUUUCACAUCUUUGCCUUUUGGGGACCCAGUUUACCAGAUGCUGGAUUUAAAACUGGCAAUGUACAUUGAUUUUCCCAUCCAGAUGAAUCCGGGUGUUCUGAUUACUUGUGCAGAUGAUAUUGAACUUUAUUAUACUGGAGAAACAAACUUCAUCAGGUUUGAUCAACCUGGAUUUACUGCAUUAGCUCACCCAUCCAGUUUGACUAUUGGUAUGACUCAUGGUGUAUUUGUAUUGGAGCCAUCUUCUCAUUUGACAGAAAAAGGAGACCUUGAAUACCGGUCUUGUAAGCGUUUCCUGCAUAAGCCUAGCAUUGAGAGCAUGUAUCAGUCUGGAGCAGUAUGUUUAAUGAGUCAGUCAUCUCCUUCUGGAGGAAUAGAAGACUCAGUAUUGAACUCUGAACAUGUGUAUACAGAUAGUCUGUUUUACAUUGAUCACACCACUGCAAAACUGUUGUUGACAUUUUAUAAACAAAUGGGCAAGCUUUGCUGUGAAAUAGAUGCCUAUGGUGACUUUCUGCAGGCACUGGGACCUGGAGCAACAGAAGAGUACAUAAAAAACACAGAAGCCGCCUCAGAAGCAGGAUCACAUUUCAUGGAAAUCCGAGAGAAAAUAUACAGUCUUCUGAAAGGAUUGCCUUUCAAUGUUAUACUGUUAAAUAACUCCAAAUUCUAUCACAUAGGGACUACCCACGAAUACUUGUUUCAUUUCACUUCUGAUAGAAAGCUGAAACGGGAAUUGGGGUUGCUGCCGAACAUUUUCAGCAUCUGUCCAAAGAGUGCAGAAGAUUUGGAGAAAUCAGCGUGUAUUAUUCAUAGCAUACUCAGUCACAAGAGUUCUGUUGCUCCGGGCUCAUUAGUUGAGUACUCCAGACUGGGAUCCGAUGUUUCUGUGGGAACUAACAGUAUCAUUAGUGGUUGUUGUAUUGAUGUAAAAGCACUCCUACCACCAAACACAUUCAUAACAACACUAAGUGUGAGGAUUGGUGGAGAAGUAAUGUAUGCAAGCAUGGUGUUUGGUAUAGAAGACAACUUGAAAAAGAAUGUGACAAAGUUGUCUGAUAUACACUUACUUCAUUAUUUUGGAAUCAGCCUUAUAGAAUGCUUCAAGCUCUGGGGCCUGGGUGUUUCAGACCAAUUGUUUUCUGGUCAUAAGACAGCUUUAAGUUUAUGGACAGUUCGGAUUUUCCCUGUUUGCUCCAGUUUAAAUGGCUCAGUGGAGGUGUCAUUAAGAAUUUUAAACUCUGUGAAGAACAUGUCACUUUUUCAUCUGGAUGGCUUUAAGCUAUUGUCUGUUGAAGAAAUGCUUCAUUACAAAGACAUAGACGACAUGUUGAGGUUCAGACAGCAACUUUACGAAGAAAUUACUCUGCAGAAACUGAAAGAGAAAUCUGAUAUGUAAAAAAUGUAUGAAAAUGUACAGCUUUCCAUGUUCUUUAAUUUGAAGAGGAUUGAUUGCUUUCAGGCUUUGAGAAAUCCAGUGCCAUGCAGUACACAUUUUUUGUGUUUCAGUGAAGUAGAAAUAAUGAAACUGCAUUAGUAAUGUUAUUGUAGCAUAACAUUAAUAAUGCAAAAAAUGCAGAUAAACUAUUCUUUUGAUGAAAAAAUUAAUGAAAUAUUUCAAAUCUAUAAAAACAUAAAGAGGCAAAUUUUCUUGAAUGUUAUAUUUUCGGGUUUUAAUUCUAGUGGGGAACAAAACUUGUUAAUUAGAAGUUUGAUUGCAAGCCACUUAAAAGUUUUUCAAAUGAUGAAUAGUAGCUCAGAAAUAUUCCCCUACUCAGGAUUGUUUGUUUUGAAGAAACCAAAAAACCUGUGUGCUUAAAAGUGUCUUUCUAAAUUGCUGAUGAGUACUGAAACUUGAAAAGUGAGUGCUUUUAGAACACAAUACCAUAUUUUAUGCAUGAACCAAGCUCCACCUUGUGACUUUUGCAGGAGAGAAGGAGUAGCAAAACUGACUGGAAUACAAUAUAGGAAGUCAGGCUUUUUGAACACUUCACUUUUCUAGUAAAUAUAAUAAUAGUAGCAAUAAAGCCCCUUGCGCAAAAAAAUUCAAAUUCUAGAAAACUAAUCCUCCCAGAGCAAGAGUCAUAGACAGGACAUAUCUUCAGGAAAUGGCACCGGGCUCAAACACUGAAAAUGCACCCUUGUCAAACAUUCCAGAUUUGCAAGGAGGGGCAGCAGGGUGCCUGUGAAGAUGGAGAGAGUUCUCCCCAUCUCCAUAGAUUCUCCCCAUUUGCAAAGUUGGCCUGGGUUUUGCAAAGGAGAGGAGCCAGCAGGGUGUCCAUGAAGAUGGGAAGAGUUCUCCCCAUUUUCAUAGGCACACCCCCCCCCGCCCCGGUUUGGAAGGCUGGAUCCCAGUUUUGCAAAGGUGGGAGGAGCCAGCAGGGUGCCUGUGAAAAUGGAAGAAGAGUUGAAUUUAUAUCUACCCUUUCUCUCCUGAAAGGAGAGUCAAAGUGGCUGAUAAACUCCUUUCCCUUCCCCACUC